GAUUUUCUUUCUUGUUUAUUGAACCAUCCAUUUUCUGCAAUGUCCACUUCGACGGCAUACCUCAGCAAUGGGGCGCUCAAUCUGAACGUUCUCCGCGACUUUUGCCGACGCGAUCUGCUCGACUGCAUUGACUCGACGCCCCCGGGCAAGAAGGUGCUCAUCAUGGACGAACAACUGGUCGGUCCGCUUGGUCUCAUUGCCGAGUACUCGCUGCUCAAGGAACAUGGCGUUGAGAAACUCUUCCUGCUCACCUCGGGUCGCAUCGACACUGAGAUUAGUAACGUCAUCUUUAUCACGCGCCCCAAGGCAUUGCUCAUGGAACGUAUCGCGUCGGUCGUCAGGCAACACCACAACGAUGGGCAGCGCAAAGAUUACCACGUCUUCUUUGCCCCGCGUAAAACAUUGAUGUGCGAACGUAUUCUCGAGACCGAGGGAGUCCUUGGCGAUCUGGUUCUGGGAGAAUAUCAGCUCGAUAUCUUGCCGUAUGACUCGGACUUGCUGUCGCUGGAGAUGGAAAACUCAUUCCGCGAGUGCAACCUCGACGGCGAUCCAACAUCCCUGUUUUACGUUGCUCGGUCCAUCAUGAAGCUGCAAACCGUCUACGGCAUCAUCCCACAGAUUGUUGGCAAGGGACCCCAUGCAAAGCACGUCGCCGAGAUGAUGCUGCGUCUCCGGCGCGAGCUGGCAACGAGCGCCUCGGCGUCGAGCGCUCCCGAGCUCUCGGUCUCCCCCGAGAUUGACACCAUCCUGCUGAUUGACCGCACCAUUGACUUGGUCACACCAUUGUGUACUCAGCUGACCUACGAAGGCCUUCUGGACGAGUCUUUCUCGAUUGAGCAUUCGUUCGUGACGCUGAACGCCGACAUUACGGGGAACAAGGACGGCAAAAAGACCAAGGUCCCGCUGAAUAGCUCGGAUCGCAUCUUUUCAGAGAUUCGCGAUUUGAACUUUGCCGCCGUCGGCCCUUUGCUUUCCUCGCGCGCCAAAUCCAUCAGCCAACAGUACGACGAGCGACACGACGCCAAGACUGUGGGCCAGAUUAAGGACUUUAUCGGGAAGCUGCCCACCAUCCAAGCAGAGCAUCAAUCGUUGCGCAUUCACACCAAUAUUGCAGAACAAAUCAUGAAGCGCACACGAGACGCGGCGUUCUUGAAGACCCUCGAGACGGAGCAAGCCUUUUUGUGCAGUGUAGAUACAGACAAGACCAGCGAUUACAUUGAGGACUUGAUUGGCAAGAAGGCCGAUUUGUCUCUUGUACUGCGCCUGAUUGCCUUGCAAUCACUCACCAACGGUGGAUUCAAGCCCAAAGUGCUCGACUACUAUCGUCGCGAGAUUUUGCACACGUACGGCAUGGAACAGCUGGUGACGUUGGCCAACCUGGAGAAGACUGGUUUGCUCCGCAAAAGUGACGGCAAGAGCUCCUAUCCUUCGUUGCGCAAAGCCCUGCGCCUGGUCGUCGAAGACGUCAACCAGAUUACGCCCAACGACAUCAGCUACACCUUCUCGGGCUACGCCCCCAUCUCUGUGCGACUGGUUGAAGCAUUUGCGCGAUCAGGCUGGCGCGGGAUGGAAGAGGUGCUGCGGCUGCUGCCUGGCCCGACCUUUGAAGAGCUGCAAAUGCUUCCGCCAGGCGUUCAGCCUCGUCGCGCAAACGCCCGGUCGGCGGACGGCGCCAACGCCGCGUCUGCUGCCGGUGGAGCGGGCAAGGUCACGCUCGUGUUCUUUGUUGGUGGCUGCUCGUAUGCCGAGGUUGCUGCCAUCCGCUUCCUUGCCAAGCAACAAGAAGGCCGCGACUAUAUUAUUGCCACUACACACAUGCUCACUGGAGGCAGCAUGCUUCAGUCGGUGGUUGAGCCGCUCGAAAACCGUUUGGUUAGUGCAGUUCCAGCCAGACAAUAGUCGUUCGACGCUGGCAGCUCCCCCUCCCCCUCCCCCCGAUCAGGGUUUGUGUUUGUUUUGUUGGUGCUUGUUCGCGGUGCUCGUGUGACGAUUCAAAAACGAAAAGACUUUUGUAAAGAGAUUCGCUCAGAUGCGAUCGAACGCUGGAUCCACCAGCAUUGAUUGGAA